AUGGCAACAGGAGUAGCGCCUCGUGAGGAAGAGUCUCGACUUACUAGGGAAGAUUUGGAAACAAUACAAGACGCUAUGAAGACUAAGAAAUUUCGAGAUCUCCUAGCGGAUUAUUGUGAAGAGAUACGUGACCCGGCGAACAUCGAACUUUAUCAGAAAGAAAUGACCCAACUGGAGAAGGAACGAGGUUACGAUGUAACGUUUCUUAAUCCAAAGGGAGGUUAUGUUAUCAAAACAAGUGUCGCCGGCGACAGAAAAGCUUUCAUCAACAUUUGUAGUAAUGAGAACGUUGGGAAACCAACUUAUAAAGUGGAAGUAGUUAAUGGGAAGAGAGGAAUGAACUGGCAAAUACCAUACUCAUUAAUUCCGCCGCGAGAAGAUUUCGACCAUAAGAGACAGCAUUGCGUCAUUUACGACGUAAUUUUCCAUCCGGACACUCUCCGCAUGGCGGGCGUAAAUAAAGAGUUCCGCGAGCUUGUAAACAAAACUGCCUUAGAUGGUUUAAUGAAAACUUACAACAUUCACUUAGACAGUAACAAUUUCCGGUUUCCCAAGUCUGAGUACAAGGGAGUCAGCACUGCUGCUGUCAUCAGGAAAGAGGACCCUAACUAUCAACCUCUGACUGAAGAAGAAACUGAAAGUUUGACACCUGAAAUGAUUGAGAAGCUGUAUCCUCAACGCAACUAUUCAGAGAAUAAACAAGAACCAGAACCCCCAAAAGAAGCACCCAAACCAGUCAGGAAAACCAGGAAAAAUAAUGACUUUUCUCAUGUCUCUGAAAAUGGCUAUACUGUUCCAAAGUAUGUGAUCAAACAGCAGAAAAAUGUAGAUCUUCAAGAUUUCACCUACAAUAAAGAUUGUAAACAGUAUAGUGCUAUCCCAAGUCAGAUAGUGGUGGAAGUAUACCUUCCACUUUUGUCUUCUACCAAAGACUGCACUUUAGAUGUUCAAGAAAAGCAGCUCUGCUUGAUCUCAGAGAAACCAGCCAAAUACAAACUUAAUAUUACAUUACCUUAUUCAGUGAAUGAUGAAUGUGGUACUGCAAAAUUUGAUAUAAGAAAACACCUGUUAAUAGUGACUUUGCCAGUGAUUAAAAGAAACAUAAACAUCAAUAAUGAUAACUCUUUGAAAGUUGUGGACAGUGGAGUGGAAAGUGAAGAGAAUUCAGGUUCUCAAAGUGAUGAAGAUAAUUGUUCCAAUUCAAAUCUAAUUGUAGAGUUGUCAUCCUCCUCUGCUGAUAAUGUGGUACCAUCAGAGCCCUGUACUGUCAACACCAGCACCCCUGAAGUAUUUUUAGACCCAUCUUUAGCCUACAUACUGCCUCCUUAUACUCAUAAUGUUUUGGAUGACAUUUUAGCCUUAACAUUCCAUGUAAAAAAUACAGAGCCAGACUCUGUCAAUGUUAAAAACAAUGGUAAUGAAAUAUGCAUCAAGUUCACAUCAGUUGGUGCUGGAUUUGUGCCUGUGCAUUACGCAGCCAUCAUUAAUUUUGAAGAGGAAGUUAAAUUUGAGAAUGUGACUGGGGAGGCAUGGGAUAACAAUGUCAUAUUACAGUUGGAACUGUCUGGGGCUGUGCCUCAGAAGUUCAACAUUGGUUUAGACAAGGAUUCUAUGACCUGUGAAAGCUUUGAUGUGACUCAGAAAACUGCUAAGGUUGAUAAGAAGCCUGUAGGAUCAGAGGCUGAAGUUGUUAGCCCUGUUGUCGAGGUAACUAACCUGGGAACUGAGACAAACAUUGUGGUGUCAUCUAAUCACUUAGAGUAUGAUGAAGAUGAUGACUUUGAGUCCCCAACUUCAGAGUAUAGAGAUUCAGUGUUCAUGGAGUCUGGCAGUUGUGAGAGUGGUGCUAAGAGCAUACUUCGCAAGCCUAACAUGAUGCGCAGCUUCUCUGAAUCCAGUGUCGGCGAUGUUGCCUCCUCUAUGGAUUACAUCAGUUCUGAUUGCAUCCCUGAAGAAUCAAGUUUGAAAAAGACUGUUAGAUUUAAUGAUGUUAUAGCAAGACAAUUUUACAGGUACAAUUCUUCUAUAGAAGGCCAGAAAAAGAAGAAUCAACGUAAAAAAAGUAAAAAGCGCAGUCAAGACAGGCGGAAGAGUGAAAGUGAAGCUGAAGAUGAAAUCAGUAACUCCUCUCAGCCGAGAUUGAAGUCAGUAUUGAAACCUCGGCGCGACAGCGGUCUGGCGGACACAUCCGACGCUGAAUCUGAGUGCAAGAACACUCCGGACGAUGGUGUCUUCAAUUCUGCUAAUGACGACGGCUUUAGUGAAAACAACAACGGAGAAGCAUCAUUCGAUAAUAAUAAGUCUGUUUUCAACAUAGUUGGCAACAUUGAAAAUGGAACCGACAAAAUACAAGCCGACAUUUGGGAGUCGGAGCCAUCAAAACGUUCCUCAGGGAAGCGAGAAACACUUACUUGUGAUAAUAUCCAACAUAACACCAACCUCUAUGAUCCCGAUAAGUUAAACAAAGGGAAAUAUUUAGAAGUUAUGUUCAAAAAUGAUCUCAUAUUCGAUUUGGACAUGUGA